AGAUCUGCUGCCCCCCCCCACUUACCUCCCUGCACCUUGAAGCGCGAGGAGGCCAGGAGCACUUUGCAAAGAGCAGGAGGGACGUGGCUGCGAGGAGGCGGCGAGUGAGGGGGCGAGAGGAGAAGCGGGGAGAGGAAGGAGAGGCGGGAGGACUCGGAGCGCGCAGCCGGCGUGGGGAGCGCGCAGCGGCCUCGGAGGAGAAGGAGGAGGCGCGGGCAGGCGGAGGCGCCAGAAGUUGGGCAGCCGCGCUCGGCUUGGCGGUGGUGGCGGGCAACGCGGGGCUCCAAGGACCGCCGCCGAGAUGGAUUGCUGAACCUGCCAGGCUCCACUACCGAACUGAAACAGGGAGGGGGGCGCCAGUGCACCCAGGACGCUGUGCCUCAAGCCCCCCCCCCCCCCGACUGCAAGCUGCUAACUUCAAGUCCCUUGCCUCGGCUAGGCCAAACACGCCCCCGCUCCCCUCGCGCAGCUGCCACCGCCGCCCGGGCUCCCGAGCCUCCGGGCGGAGAUCUGUGCCUCCGAGUGUCCCCACCCGCCAACCCGACUGUGCCUAGUCGCCGGCCGCCGGCCCCCAUUCAGACUCCGCCCGGCAGUCGGCUUCCUCGAACUUGAUUUCUCACCUCCUGAGACCCGUCACCUCCAUCCUCUUUCCCCCUGUCUCGCCUCCACCCCCUCAAUUUCCUCCUCCUCGCCCCCCAUUUCCACCCUCCUCCCCCUCCCCCGGCCACUUCGCUAACUUGUGGCUGUUGUGAUGCGUAUUCCCGUAGAUCCGAGCACCAGCCGGCGCUUCAGCCCCCCCUCCAGCAGCCUGCAGCCCGGCAAGAUGAGCGACGUGAGCCCGGUGGUGGCUGCGCAGCAGCAGCAGCAGCAGCAACAGCAGCAGCAGCAACAGCAGCAGCAGCAGCAGCAACAGCAGCAGCAGCAGCAGGAGGCGGCGGCUGCGGCAGCGGCGGCGGCGGCGGCGGCAGCGGCAGCAGCGGCAGUGCCCCGGUUGAGGCCGCCGCACGACAACCGCACCAUGGUGGAGAUCAUCGCCGACCACCCGGCCGAACUGGUCCGCACCGACAGCCCCAACUUCCUGUGCUCCGUGCUGCCGUCGCACUGGCGUUGCAACAAGACCCUGCCUGUGGCCUUCAAGGUGGUAGCCCUCGGAGAAGUACCAGAUGGGACUGUGGUUACUGUCAUGGCAGGGAAUGACGAGAAUUAUUCAGCUGAGCUCCGGAAUGCCUCUGCUGUUAUGAAGAACCAAGUAGCAAGGUUCAACGAUCUGAGAUUCGUGGGCCGGAGUGGACGAGGCAAGAGUUUCACCUUGACCAUAACAGUCUUCACAAAUCCUCCCCAAGUGGCCACUUAUCACAGAGCUAUUAAAGUGACAGUGGAUGGCCCCCGGGAGCCGAGAAACCCCAGGCAGGCACAAUCAUCCCCACCGUGGUCCUAUGACCAGUCUUACCCCUCAUACCUGAGCCAGAUGACGUCCCCAUCCAUCCACUCCACCACGCCGCUGUCUUCCACACGGGGCACCGGGCUACCUGCCAUCACCGACGUGCCCAGGCGCAUUUCAGAUGAUGACCCUGCCACCUCUGACUUCUGCCUCUGGCCUUCCUCUCUCAGCAAGAAGAGCCAGGCAGGUGCUUCAGAACUGGGCCCUUUUUCAGACCCCAGGCAGUUCUCAAGUAUCUCAUCCCUCACUGAGAGCCGCUUCUCCAACCCACGAAUGCACUACCCAGCCACCUUUACUUACACCCCGCCCGUCACGUCAGGCAUGUCCCUCGGCAUGUCCGCCACCACCCACUACCACACCUACCUGCCACCACCCUACCCCGGCUCCUCCCAAAGCCAGAGUGGACCCUUCCAGACCAGCAGCACUCCAUAUCUCUACUAUGGCACUUCGUCAGCGUCCUAUCAGUUCCCCAUGGUGCCGGGAGGGGACCGGUCUCCUUCCAGAAUGCUCCCACCCUGCACCACCACCUCGAAUGGCAGCACGCUAUUAAAUCCAAAUUUGCCUAACCAGAACGAUGGUGUUGACGCUGAUGGAAGCCACAGCAGUUCCCCAACUGUUUUGAAUUCUAGUGGCAGAAUGGAUGAAUCUGUCUGGCGACCAUAUUGAAAUUCCUCAGCUGUUGGCCCAGUGGCAUCCGGGGGCCACAUCCCACACGUGUUAAUAUAUACAUAUAUAAAGAGAGUGCAUAUAUAUGUAUAUUGGUUAGCCAUCUAGAAGAUUUCUCACUCACUCCCUAGUCAUGAUCUCGCAGCCCUAAGAGGGGAGAGAUAGUCGUAACUGGGUCUCAUAUUGUUUACUAUAAGAUGUCCCUUUUACCAAGGAACAAAUGGUCAAAGGUGUUGUCAUCUGGUCUGUUUUCCUAAGUAACCUGUUCCUAUGCCAAUUCAGAGAAGUGGACUCCGGGUUCGGGAGGAAGAAGAGAGCCAAGCCACUUCCUCCCCAUACUUUGAAGCCACGCCCCGUACCUUUGAAGCCCCCCAUGCUGCGGCUGCUUGGGGGCCGGUGCACUCUGCAGACCCGCUUACAAAGCCAGUUACUUGCACUCUGAAAGGGACCAAGAGGGUAGCACCGAGGCUGCAUCCAGUGCUGCCCGUUCUGAAUACCUGUCCAAAGUUUGCCUUCAGACUUGCUGCAAGUACUCAUUUGAACUUUUGAGUUCACUUAUUGUUUUUUUUUCCUACUCUAAGAAAGUGACUUCAGAAAUACUGAUCAGGAUAGAUUAUUUUAUUUUACUUUUUUAUACUCCCUCAUUUCCCCCAUUUAACCAAAAACAAAUCCUCCCAACCCACCCCUUCCUCCUUCUUUUCCCUUUAUGCAAAACUGAAAAUGGCAAUACCUUAUUAUAGCCAUAAUGGUAUAGUGUUUGAGUUGGCUGUGUGUUAUUUGUUUUUCUUUUCUUUUUAAAUUAUGAAUAUGUGUAAAAUCUGAGGUAACUUGCUAACGUGAAUGGUCAUAUAACUUUAAAGAUAUAUUUAUAAUUAUUUAAUGACAUUUGGACCUUUGGAACAUUUCUUAGUGUAAUGAUAUGUUGACUUCGGUCUCUAAAAGUGCUUUUACUUAAAUAACAAAUUUCUUCAGUGGGCUAGAGCCAUAUCUGAAAUAUUGCUAAGCAAUUUCAAUUCCUUCAGGCACAAUGUGAUUUUUUUUGAAGAUAACUUCCAUCUCCAAAUAUUUUAGAUGUAGUUUGUUUUUGUGAUGUAUGAAGGAAAUGCUAUGUUUUAUUCUUUCAGGUCUUUGGUUGCUUCUGACACAGCUUUUUGCCUUUUAAAGCAAUAAUUAGGGAUUUAGAAAAAACAAAAACAAAAACAAAACACCCAUAGUCCUGCAGCCCUUUAACACUUAAUGUGUCCCCUUUACCAGCAUGAAAUGCUAGAGACAUGUGGUUUCCUACUUUCUUUCUUUUUUUGAGGGGGGGUGGUGGUGGUGGCAUGGUCAUUAUGACUCUUGUCAUAUUAAAAAGCCAAGCACAAGUGAGUAAUUGCAGAAGAGUGUUCUGUGGUCUCAGAGUUAAGAAAACUCUAAAUCGCAGGCUCCGUGGCUUCGUCAGCUGAAAGCCGCACAUGUGGUAAAGGCUGGAUCACAGCAUACAGGGUGUAGGAAAGUGUCGACACACCAGGACUCGGCACCCACCAGCCUUCCCACACAGUCACUCAGGGGAACCCCAAAGUGCCUUGCCGAAGGAGGGCCUCCAGCAGCUUCCCAAGGAGCAGAAUGAAGUCACUGUCCUAGGGGAGCUGGUCAGCUGAAGUAGCGACCAGUAGCUGAUGUCUGUAAACACAGCCUGUGAGGACCGCCAUGAAUCUUUUGAUAUUAGCACCUCUCUCUAGGGGGGCCAAAAGUAGGGAAGGCCAUGUGCCAUUGGUGUCUGCCACUGUAUGUGAAUUUGGGCUCCAGCCCUCUUGGAGGAUGCACUUGAUCAUUCUGGGCACCUUGUGGCCAUCCCUGAGUGUGACUCCUUAAUCCGAUCCAGGCAUCUUUCAGUGACAGGACCAGGUCAAUCCCAGCACUCUUCCUGCACAGGUGGUGGGGGUGGACUAGGGUGGGGGCCACCUUCAUUUGAACCCUGAAUCAUCCUAAGGAGAGUUCUGCAGAUAUUUUCCUAUAGCCCCUAGACCCCCUUCUCAGGUGGACCUUUGUCCCAGUGUGGGACGGUCUGGGGGCAGGUGGACCUGUGCGUGCCUCCAGUCUGGGUUUUCCUUAGAACUCAUCCUAACUCCUAAUACAAAUCCAGGGGGGAAGAAAGCCCCCGCCAAACCAAAACACUUAGCCUUCUAAAGGUUGUAUACCAAGUAUGUUCAGAUAGAUAAGCCACUUUGUAUUUUUUAUGAUGGAGGUCGUAACUGAUGCUAUUUAUUAUUGCGUGUGGUAGCUUGAAGCACACACUGUCCAUGCGUUUGUUUAUACCUGUUUUGGCAGCACUGACAAACGCCAGUGUCUGGUCACACUUUCCAGUUUUCAUUAAUUGACAUGAAAAUGUUACCAUGGGUGCCAGCUCACCCUAUUUAAUGUCUUAAAAAGGGUACUCUAUUUGUACACCAUUUUUUUUUAACGUGAAAGGGCUUCUUAAAAGUUUACAGUACACAUAUUAAGGGACUAGAGCGGAUGUGUUAGUGCCCAGAUGUUAAUAUAGUGGCUGCAGGCAGCAACCCUGAAACGCUUCCCUCCCUUUGAGAAAAAUUCAAGUAUUUCUCUGCACCUUUCAGCCACCUCGCAGGUGAUCCCCAUUACUUAGGCCACACUCUUUCUUUCUUUCUUUUGGAGUAGUAUUUAAAAUCCCCUUCCUCUUCCCUUGCCUCUUAAAUGUCCCACCUGCACUGGGUCACAUGUAUGACUUGUGGUUACCUGGAACACCUACGUGUCCCAAGCAACCCCCACAUUCUCAAAGGAGCACAGGCACCCCUGGGAUUUACAGUCUGACCGACUCAAGCAGUUUUAGAAACAUACUCUUCCAUUGUCCCCAGAAUUUUAACCUAGGCCAAAGUUCAGAGCAGGUAGCAUGGUUUUAGUUUUAGGUUAGGGAGUGGUGUCCAGUCAGAAGCAGACACACACCACAGGUUAGCUACUGUUGGCUCUCUAAACUGUGUCUUCCUUUACCCAGAGACCCUUGGGAAAUGAACAGAGAAACAUCUCCACACCAUUAGAGAUAGUCCUUUGUAGGUUCAGAAGGGAGGAGCCAUGCUGGGGAUUCUUUCCUCUCCAAGGAAGGGCACUGACAGACCUAGAGAUAGUGAGCCUUAACAGAAGUAAUUAUAGUCACAGUACUGGAAAAGAAUAAUAAACAAUAAAAGAUGAUUCUCCAAACUUUCAAUUUAUUGUUCUUAAAAAAAGAUAAUGCAUCUAAAACAAAGAUUUUUUUCUAUGUGAGAACUUUCUUAGUUAUCUGUUUUCUUCAUGUUUACAAAUAAUUAUUUGCUUUGUAAUGCAAUACUUAAAAUAUACCAGCCAAAACCAUAACUUAUGGUAAUUUCUUAGGUGUUCUAAAUAAAAUUCCAUGUCUUUCAAUAUGCCUACCAUUCUUAGAUUUCUGUGGAACAACAACAACAAAAUUGUAGCAUUUUGUGUAUAUACAGCUUUUGUUUUUAUUUCUUAUUUUUCUGAUUGCUAUUGCCUAAGGUUUGCUUUCCAUGCACAUAUUGUACAAAUUCUGCUUUGUACCACAGGUCAUGAUUGUGGAUGAGUUUACUCGGAACUUCAAAGGGACUAUUUGUAUUGUAUGUUGCAACUGUAAAUUGAAUUAUUUGGCAUUUUUCCCUCAUGAUUGUAAUAUUAAUUUGAAGUUUGAAUUUAAUUUUCAAUAAAAGGCUUUUUUGUUCUUUGUUUUGUUA